AUGAAAUAUGGGGAUAAUCUAUCAAAUCCAACGUCACUUGAGCUUCCAAGUGGAAGUGGUUCAGCAUGGAAAGUAGACCUCAGAAGAUUGGAUGGUGAGGUGUGGUUCGACAAGGGUUGGGCAGACUUCUCUGAGUUUUACUCCCUAGAGAAAGGUUACUGGCUAAUUGACUAUCCUUUGAGAAAGCAGGAGAUGGAAGUAACUGAUGAUAAAGACGAUGAUUUUCAUGAAGAUUCUAGUGAUGAUUCUAUCAAAGAACAACUAGACGAUUCAACCUACCCAAGAAAAAGGAGGAAGAAAUCCUCAUUGCCUUGUCCUAGGCCUCAGAAGAAAAAACAUGACAAGUUCAAAAGUGGAAGCACAUCAAGCACUCGAAGAUUCGAAAAACGAACACCUGGGUUUCUUGGGAGGAUCCGUCCAUUGCCUAAAAGUGGAAAAGCUAUAGCUCUUCAGAAAGCUAAUGCUUACAAAUCUCAACACCCUCUUUCUGUCAUUGUUGCCAUGAAGCCCUCUUAUAUCACAGGGUUCUUGCUGAUAAGCUUUCUAUAA